UCUCUCUUUUCUUAGUUUUCUAUAUUAUAUUUUCAUAUUCUUUUUUUUACCUAAAUAUUUUAAGCUUGCCACUAGGCAUUCAACCGAACUCUCAAGGUACUAUAAGUAGAGCAUCCUCAAGGGUCUUCUAAGUGGUACACAAACUUCAUUUCAUCUCAUCUCAUUACAUAGAAAAGAACUAAACAUGGCAGAGAGCCUUCGUUUGGCCGUUGCUGUUAUUGGGAAUGUUGCCUCAGUUUCCCUUUAUGCCGCACCAACGGUUACCUUCAAAAGGGUAAUAAGGAAGAAAAGCACAGAGGAGUUUUCAUGCAUUCCUUACAUAAUAGCAUUGUUGAACUGUCUCCUUUUCACUUGGUAUGGAUUACCUGUUGUGAGCAACAAUUGGGAAAACUUCCCUCUGGUCACGGUUAAUGCAGUUGGAAUUGUUUUUGAGCUAUCCUAUGUUCUCAUUUAUUUCUGGUAUGCUUCAGCCAAAGGAAAGGUGAAUGUAGCCAUGACAGCAAUACCAGUUCUUAUAGCGUUCUGCGCCAUUGCUGUUGCAUCAGCUUUUGCCUUCCCAGAUCAUAGGCACCGAAAGCUACUCGUUGGUAGCAUAGGCUUGGGGGUUUCAAUAACAAUGUAUGCAUCCCCUUUGGUUGUAAUGAAGAAAGUGAUACAAACAAAGAGUGUGGAAUUCAUGCCACUACCCUUAUCUGUGUGCUCAUUCUUAGCAAGUAUACUGUGGAUGCUUUAUGGACUCCUCAUUCGGGAUAUAUUCGUUGCGGGACCAAGUGUGAUUGGAACUCCCUUAGGCAUUCUUCAACUCUUUCUCCACUGCAAAUACUAUAAAAGGAGAGUUAUGGAAGAACCGAACAUGGUGGACAAGCAGAAGGGGAACCUAGAGAAGGUGGACUUGGAAAUGGGGGACAUGGAGAAGAACGUGACAAAUCCUAGUAAUAAUAACUCUUGAUCCAUGACUAGGUUGAAGAUUUCAGUUAGUUCUUGUCAGAUUCUGGUUUUUUAUGUAUGUUUGUUUCCUUAACAAAGAAAAGUUAUCUACCUAGUCAUUAGAGCUAGUGUGUUAACGGAUGUAUUCAUCACACAAUUUUAAGUCAUAAUUUCUAGUGCAUGUCCCAUUACACGUUU